AUGAUGAUGAGCUCCAUGGAAGAACCUGAGUCUUCACCAGACCUUGAUGAGUCAGCUGCCGCCUGUGAUCCAACUGAGAGGAGCUCCCAAAGUGAAGCCGACAGCGAAGGCGAGGGGAUUGGUGCAAAGUUGAUGAAGAAAUGCGGCUGGAGACCUGGUGAAACCAUUGGAGCCGACGGUUCAAAGGGCCUCUUAUCGCCUCUCAAGUCCCGCGUGCGCCUAGAUCGCACUUGUAUCGGACACUCUCAGUCGCAGUCUAUCGAUGCUGAAAGGGCAGGGGAUUUCCUCAACGUCAAGUCGAAUCGAGUUGUCAGGGCUGGUCACGACAAACCAAGGACAUCUCGAAGGAAAAAAGGGCAGGGUGUGCACGACAUGGACAUCAGGCACACGAGUUGGGUAGGCAACGUGCACUCUCCUCGUUGUAAAUACGAUCCUCGACACAGGAUGGAAUUGCGCAAACUAAAAGCACAUGAAGAAAGAUGUCCUGCAAACCCAAACAACAGAAAUACUGUCGGACUGAAGGAAAAACCAUUGCAAGUCAACUAG